UUUAUAAUUAGUACUAAUACAGUUAUGAAUAAAGAAAUGGACUAAACAACAAAGACUUUGAGUUAAAGACAGAGGGACAAGGUAGAGAGAGAUUGAGACAGAAGGUGGAGAUUUGUUCAUACUAUGAUUCUCUCUUUAUCAAAAUUUCACAUGGCAAAAUCCUAGAUCAUGAAAAUGUGUUCUGUGCUGUAAUUCAUUACUUUUCAUUCAUAUUCCAGUCUCUUCACCUCCUUCUCCACGUUUCUAUAAUAAUUAUUCAUCAAUGAGUGUAUACAUAAAUACACUUUAUCUUACUAUCUAUGAAUGAUUCAUUCAAUGAGCAUUAUUAUUUUUACUAUAUAGUUGAUCAUAGAAGAAGGGUCAUUCACAUUAUUUGAUUUGAUUAGUACUUAAUUAUAUGGGAAGUUAUAGAGUCUGCGUGUGUUUCCGGCGGAGGUUUAAGUCCGGGGAGGCAGUGGCGCCUCAGGAAGUCAGGGAGAUCUUCAACAAGUAUGCUGAAGGUGGGGCCCACAUGACUCCGGAACAGCUCCGGAGGUUUCUUGUGGAGGUUCAAGGUGAGGUUGAUGAUGAGAAGGAUGGACUUGAUACACAGAAGGUGGUGGAGGAAGUGUUGCAGAAGCGGCAUCAUAUUACGAAGUUUGCAAGACAUAAUCUCACGCUUGAAGAUUUUCAUCAUUAUCUAUUCUCUACUGAAUUCAACCCUCCUAUUAGAUCUAAGGUUCAUCAGGAUAUGACAGCUCCAUUGUCGCAUUAUUUUAUAUAUACUGGCCAUAACUCUUAUCUCACUGGAAAUCAACUCAGCAGUGAUUGUAGUGAUAUCCCCAUUAUAAAGGCAUUGCAUAGAGGUGUGAGAGUGGUUGAGCUUGAUAUUUGGCCUAAUUCCACCAAAGAUGAUGUUCUUGUGCUACAUGGAAGGACAUUGACCACACCUGUUGAUUUGAUCAAAUGUUUGAAAUCCAUUAAGGAACACGCGUUCUCGGCAUCUCCGUACCCAGUUGUAAUAACUCUGGAAGAUCAUCUUACCUCAGACCUUCAAGCAAAAGCUGCUCAGAUGAUUACUCAAACAUUUGGAGAUAUGCUGUUCUGUCCAAAUGAUGAAAAUUUAAACAAUAUUCCAUCACCUGAAGAAUUGAAGUAUAGGAUCAUGAUAUCAACAAAACCUCCAAAAGAGUACUUAAAUUCCAAAAGUGUUAGGGAGAAUUCUGAACAAUUGCUGAAAUCAAAAUCAAAGGAUUCUGAUGAAGACGAAUGGGGAAAGGAAGUCACUGAUGUUGUACAUGCACAAAAUGAAGACGACAAGGGUGACUGUGACUCACAUCAACAGAAUGAUGAUGAUGAUGAAUCAAAUGAUGAUGAAUAUGAAACAAAUCACGAGAGUGAGUAUAAGCGUCUAAUCGCUAUUCAUGCUGGAAAACCUAAGGGUAGUUUGAAGGAAGCCUUAAAAGUUGAAGAAGAUAAAGUGAGACGCCUUAGCUUAAGUGAACAAGCUCUUGAGAAGGCUGCUGAGUCGCUCGGAACUGAUCUUAUUAGGUUCACCCAGAAAAACUUUUUGAGGAUAUAUCCGAAGGGUACACGUGUCACCUCGUCGAACUACAAGCCACUGAUUGGCUGGAUGCAUGGUGCUCAAAUGGUUGCAUUCAAUAUGCAAGGAUAUGGCAGAAAUCUUUGGUUGAUGCAUGGAAUGUUUAGAUCCAAUGGGGAAUGUGGUUAUGUGAAAAAACCAGACUUUCUAAUGAAUGUAGGUCCAAAUAAUGAGGUAUUCAAUCCUAAAGAUAAGUUGGAAGUGAAGAAGACGCUUAAGGUUAAAAUAUAUGUGGGAGAUGGAUGGAGUAUGGAUUUCAAACAAACUCACUUUGACUCAUAUUCUCCACCAGAUUUUUAUGCCAGGGUUGGCAUAGCUGGAGUGCCGGCUGAUGUAACAAUGAAGAAAACAAAGACAAUAGAGGAUAACUGGAUACCUACUUGGGAAGAAGAAUUCACCUUCCCUUUAACUGUGCCUGAACUUGCUUUGCUUAGAGUGGAAGUACAUGAAUAUGACAUGUCUGAGACAGAUGAUUUUGCUGGCCAAACUUGUUUACCAAUCACUGAACUAAAACAAGGGAUCCGCGCCGUUCCACUUUACGAUCGAAAAGGAGAGAAAUACAACUCAGUUAGGCUUCUUAUGAAAUUUGAUUUUAUUUAAGCUGUUCUUCUCUACUUGGGAGUAUAUUUAUUUUAUAUUAUGAUGAAGAAUGUUGAAACUUGUUUUCCAUGUCACACUUGAUUCAUGUGGAUUUGGCCUAACCAUGUAAGUAAAUAAUAUUAAAAAUUAAAAAUAGUAAUAGGAUUUUAUGUUGCAACUCAUGCUUCAUUAUGGCAGCGUUUACCUCUAUUGAAGUUUGAGUGGUUUUGGAGUUAUAA